CUCCUCCAGGACCUACCGCGUGUUGCUCGGCCGGCACAGCCUGUCCACGGAGGAGGCUGGCUCCCUGGCUGUCUCGGUCUCCAAGUCUGUGGUGCACAAGGACUGGAACUCCAACUAUGUCACCAAUGGGAACGACAUCGCUCUGCUCAAACUAGCCAACUCUGUCUCCCUGAGUAACAAGAUCAAGCUGGCCAACCUCCCGCCUGCCGGCACCAUUCUGGCCAACAACUAUCCCUGCUAUGUCACUGGCUGGGGAAGGCUGCAGACCAAUGGGGCUCUUCCUGACAUCCUGCAGCAGGGCCUUUUGCUGGUAGUGGACUAUGCCACAUGCUCCCGCAUUGGCUGGUGGGGCAGCUCCGUGAAGACCAAUAUGGUCUGUGCUGGUGGCGAUGGUGUGACCGCCAGCUGCCAAGGGGACUCCGGGGGACCGUUGAACUGCCAAGCAGAUAAUGGCAAGUGGGAAGUGCACGGUGUGGUCAGCUUCGGGUCCUCCCUGGGCUGCAACUACUACCACAAGCCCUCUGUCUUCACACGAGUCUCCAAUUACAUUGACUGGAUCAAUUUG